CGCUCGGCAGCUUGAUCAUGUUUGGGAGGCGGCCAGCUGGUGGCGAUUGCUGAGGAAUCUCCUUCUUAAAGGCGGACUGGGAAGCACACACACGCGCGGGGAGACUUAAGGAGAGCACACUUCUCUUAUCUGGGUGACUUCCCUCAGUCCCGGCCGGACAUUACCAUGAUGGGAGUGCUGGGCAGCGCCGGCCGCUUGGUUCAAUUUGCCAGGAGCAGCGUGACUCUGAGCGUGAGGAGGCGAUCUGCUGCUGCCGCUUUGGCCCAGACUGUCACCCCAGAGACUCAGGAAAGCAGGAAACCGAAGACAGGCAUCCUGAUGCUAAACAUGGGAGGACCUGAGAAACUGGAAGACGUACAUGACUUCCUGCUGAGGCUCUUCAUGGACACUGACUUGAUGAAACUCCCAGUACAGAAUAAGCUGGGUCCGUUCAUCGCUAAGCGCCGCACCCCAAAGAUCCAGGAGCAGUACAGUAAGAUCGGAGGCGGCUCGCCCAUCAAACACUGGACCUCCAUGCAGGGCGAGGGCAUGGUGAAGCUGCUGGACGAGAUGAGCCCCGAGACAGCUCCUCACAAGUUCUACAUCGGUUUCCGGUACGUUAACCCACUGACCGAGGACGCCAUUGAGGAGAUGGAGAAAGACGGAGUGGAUCGAGCUGUGGCCUUUACACAAUACCCCCAGUACAGCUGCUCCACCACAGGCAGCAGUCUAAACGCCAUCUACCGUUACUAUAGAAACAGAGGUGACAGGCCCAAAAUGCGUUGGAGUGUCAUUGACCGUUGGCCCACACACCCUCUGCUGGUGGAGUGUUUUGCACAACAUGUCAGCAAUGAGCUGCUGAAGUUUCCAGAGGAGAAGAGAGACGACGUGGUCAUUCUCUUCUCGGCACAUUCCCUUCCUAUGGCUGUUGUCAACAGAGGUGACCCUUAUCCUCAGGAAGUGGGAGCCACUGUUCAGAGAGUUAUGGAGAGACUAGGACACUGUAACCCUUACAGACUGGUGUGGCAGUCCAGGGUGGGCCCCAUGGCGUGGCUCGGGCCCCAGACGGACGAGGUCAUCAAAGGUCUUUGUGAAAGGGGGAAGAAGAACCUCCUGCUCGUGCCAAUCGCCUUCACCUCCGAUCACAUCGAGACUUUACACGAGCUGGACAUUGAGUACGGACAGGUGCUGGGAGAGGAGUGUGGUGCAGAAAACCUCAGGAGAGCAGAGUCGUUGAAUGGAAACCCACUUUUUAUGAAGGCUCUGGCUGACCUGGUCCAGGCUCACCUGCGCUCCAACCAGACCUGCUCCCGUCAGCUGACCCUGCGCUGCCCGCUCUGCACCAACCCCACCUGCGGGGAGACCAAGGCCUUUUUUGCCAACCAGAAACUAACCUAGUAACACACACACACACACACACACAUCAAGGCUGAGUAGACAAACAGAAGACUCUGACAUAAGUCGAAUGAAUGAGUGAAUGGUUGGAGGCAGACGGUCCAUCCUGACGUCUUGGUUCUUGACACAUUUUUUUAAGGAAACACGAAAAAGGAAAUACGAUUUUGGAGGUCAUAAGUUUGUCUUGUUUACAAACACACACUAAAUACCCCGUUUGUCGACAAUAUUUUCUGGAAUGAUCAAAAUGUGUUGAUAGUCAGGAUGUGCUGAUCAUCACUAACAUAACCGCGAAAUAUUAAGUGGUUGAAGUCAUCUGAUGAAGAUGGCAGGAACAUUUUUUGUCAUUCAUCAUCGGUUUGUUGAUUAUUGGGGCAAUCAAAGGUUUGGACCCGCCUUCUCAUUCGUUUUUUUUAAUUUAUUUUCAUGACUAUUUACAUUUUAGAUUGUCACUGAAGGCAUCAAAACUAUGAAUUAACACAUGUGGAGUUAAAAAAACCAAACUGAAAACAUGUUUUAUAUUCGAGUCUCUUCAAAAUAGCCACCCUUUGCUCCAAUUACUGCUUUGUUCACUCUUGGCAUUCUCUGGAUGAGCUUAAAGCACACCUGAGAAGUAAAAACCAUCUCGGGUGACUACCUCUUGAGCAGUAAUCAGAGCACAGGGUGACUAUUUUGAAGAAACUAGAAAAUAAAACAUGUUUUCAGUUAUUUCACCUCUUUUUUUGUGUGUGAAAUACAUAACUCCGCAUGUGUUCACUCACUUCUAAUGCCUUCAAUGAGUGAACACAUGUGGAGUUACGUACUUAACAAGGUGAAAUGACUGAAAACAUGUUUUACUUUCUAGUUCCUUCAAAAUAGCCACCCUGUGCUCUGAUUACUGCUGUUUAAGAGGUAGUCACCUGAGAGGGUUUUCACUUCACAGGUGUGCUUGAAGCUCAUGCAGAGAAUGCCAAGAGUGUGCAAAGUAGUAAUCAGAGCAAAGGGUGGCUAUUUUGAAGAAACUGGAAUAUAAAACAUGUUUUCAGUUAUUUUCACUUCAAAGGUGUCAUAGUUUUGAUGCCUUCAGUGACAAUCUACAAUGUAAAUAGUCCUGAAAACACAUUAAAUGAAGAGAAGCUGCGUUCAAACUCCUGGCCUGUAUUGUAUGUGCUUAAAAACAUUUACUGAAUUCCAAAUGCAAAAUGAAGCACAUUUUUGUCUGCUUGGAACCUUCAACCGGCCUUGCUACUUCUUCACGGGUGAAUAAAUGAAUUCAUGGGACUGCCUCGGCCCUUAAGCAAGCUCCUGACGACAGACCCUGAAGGAGAAAAUGCUGCAAAAGUGAAAGUCCCCUUUUUAAAAAGACUGGGGUAAAAUAAUAAUAAUAAAAAAAGUAAUAAGGUCCCAUGUCAAGGUGUUUUUUUUUUGUUUUUUUUUUGUCCAAUGAUUCUAUGAAUGUGCCUUUUUUACACUGGACUUGCUUUUUAUUUUUAUUUUACAAAUUAUAAAACAAAGUUUGAUGUUUGACUCGGCUUGGCCGCACAUUUGUUACUGAUAUCUAAACUAUUAGCACCACUUUUACAGGUUUUUAUUCAGGAUUAUGUAUCAAACAUCCGUCCAUCUUCUUCCGCUUAUCCGAGGUUGGGUCGCGGGGGCAGCAGCCUAAGCCCAGACUUCCCUCUCCCCAGCCAGGUCGUCUAGCUCUUCUUGGGGGAUCCUGAGGUGUUCCCAGGCCAGCUGGGAGACAUAGUUUACAUAUUUGUUACAAAGAAAUUUAAAAGAAUAUAUAGUCCACUGCAUAUGACUUUUUUUGGCAAAGAGAAAAAGAAAAAAGUCCACUGCAGAGGAAAAUUUUUUGACGAAGAAAGAAAAAAUUAAAUAAAAUACAAAGUCCACUGCAGAUAAUUUUUUGGGACAAAGCAAUUUAAAAUAAAGUCCACUGCAGAUUACAUAUUUUUUGACAUUUUCAUUUUAAAAUCGAAUUGAGAUUAUAUAUUUUUGACAAAGAAAUUAAGAGAGAAAAAAAGUCCACUGCUGAUGACCUUUUUUGGACAAAGAAAUUUAAGAAAGAAAAAAAAAAAGUCCACUGCUGACUUUUUUCUUGGCAAAGAGAAGAAAAAUUGAAAUUCCACUGCAGAGGACUUUUUUUUCGACAAAGAAAUUUAAAAUAAAGUCCACUGCAGAUUAUACAUUUUUUGACAUUUUUUGAAAUUUUUUGAAGUCCACUAAAGAUUAGAGAUUUUUGACAAAUUAAAAAAAAAAAAUUGACUGCGGAUUGUUUUUUUGACAAAGAAAUAAAAUUCCACUGCGGAUUACAUUUUUUUUGGGACAAAAAUGUUAAAAUAAAAGUCCACUCCAGAGGAAUUUUUUUUGACAAAGAAAGAAAAAAUUAAAUAAAAUACAAAGUCCACUGCAGAUGACAUUUUUUUUGACAUUUACUUUUUAAAAUCCAAUUGAGAAUAUAUAUUUUUGACAAAGAAAUUAAGAAAAAAAAAAGUCCACUGCUGACUUUUUUCUUGGCAAAGAGAAAAAAAAUUGAAAUUCCACUGCAGAGGACAUUUUUUUGACAAAGCAAUUUAAAAUAAAGUCCACUGCAGAUUAUACAUUUUUUGACAUUUUUUGAAAUUUUUUGAAGUCCACUAAAGAUUAGAGAUUUUUGACAAAUUAAAAAAAAAAAAUUGACUGCGGAUUGUUUUUUUGACAAAGAAAUAAAAUUCCACUGCGGAUUACAUUUUUUUUGGGACAAAAAUGUUAAAAUAAAAGUCCACUCCAGAGGAAUUUUUUUUGACAAAGAAAGAAAAAAUUAAAUAAAAUACAAAGUCCACUGCAGAUGACAUUUUUUUUGACAUUUACUUUUUAAAAUCCAAUUGAGAAUAUAUAUUUUUGACAAAGAAAUUAAGAAAAAAAAAAGUCCACUGCUGACUUUUUUCUUGGCAAAGAGAAAAAAAAUUGAAAUUCCACUGCAGAGGACAUUUUUUUUGACAAAGCAAUUUAAAAUAAAGUCCACUGCAGAUUAUACAUUUUUGACAUUUUUUGAAGUCCACUAAAAAUUUUAGAAUUUUGACAAAUUAAAAAAAAAAAGUUGACUGCUGUUUUUUUGACAAAGAAAUACAAUUCCACUGCAGAUUACACUUUUUUUGGACAAAAAUGUAAAGAUAAGUCCACUGCAGAGUAAAUUUUUUUUGACAAAGAAAUGUUUCAAAUAAAAUAAAGACCACUGCAGAGGACAUCAGUUGACAAAGAAAAAAAAGAAAGUCCACUGCAGAUUACAUAUUUUUUGACAAAGUGAAGUAUAUUUGAAGUGAAGUAUAUUUAUAUAGCGCUUUUUCUCUAGUGACUCAAGGCGCUUUUACAUAGUGAAACCCAAUAUCUAAGUUACAUUUAAACCAGUGUGGGUGGCACUGGGAGCAGGUGGGGAAAGUGUCUUGCCCAAGGACACAACGGCAGUGACUAGGAUGGCGGAAGCAGGAAUCCAACCUGCAACCCUCAAGUUGCUGGCACGGCCACUCUACCAACCGAGCUAUGCCGCCCCAAAGAAAUAUUUAAAAAAAAAAAGAAAAAAAAGGUCCACUGCAUGGUUGGCAUGUGGUUAACUUCUGACCCAUAAAGACAACAAUGUAAACAUCCAUCCAUCCAUUUUCUACUGCUUAUUCCCUCUGGGGUCGCUGGUGCCUAUCUCAGCUACAAUCGGGCGGAAGGCGGGGUACACCCUGGACAAGUCGCCACCUCAUCGCAGACAAUGUAAAUAUGAUAUAUAAAUAUUAUCAUACAAGUUAAGGCCAAACUGUUUCUUAGCCAAAGUGCUGUUAAACAUAUUUUAUUUUUGCUGUAUCUGAAAAGUAUACAAGUUACUUUUUAUAAUUAAAUCACCCAGUUUUCUUUUUUCCUGCUCCAGCAUUUUUGCCUUGUAUUUAUUUGCUUUGGAUUUGUUGUCCACACGGUGUCACAUGUGUCAUAUGACGUAUGUCACACAUGUCGCACGGUGUCACAUGUCAGUAAGUCUUCCUGUACAGUAAAAUACAAUAAACAGCUCUUGAUGAAA